UUCAAAAUGUCGACAUAUUAAGUGAGGGGUUACUUGCCUUAAGUUCCUUCUUUCAUCUCUCAGGUCUUUUCUUUUUCGGUGUCCGCCGACUAUUAACACCAGCCGCGUUGGGUGACAUCUCGAAUCCUACAAACCAACCAUCUGCCCUAUUAAACAAGCGAUGAUACCCUGCUAUAUAGAUACCGAGUUCGUAUUCUGGAGCUUCGCCACACCUCGUCGCAUGAGAGUACAACCCAACUUAAUGCCAAUUGCUCGCCCAGACAGUUGCAGUCCACAUCCAUUCCAUCAAUGUCGCUUUACAACAAACUUCAUCACAUAAACGCGCCGCCAUGACAGAGCCAUCACCAGCAACGGUCGAGACACUCCCCGAAACAGCACCAUCGGCGGCGGUCGCGAAAACAGACGUUUUCACCGAACCGCGCACCUCUGCACAGAUCAGAAAAGAAAACAGAGCCACAAAUCCGGAUCGCGCUCCCUAUCACCGCAUCUGGAGUCUCUUCUCCCGAGGAAUAUUGUUGGUCCUCGAGCUCGCAGCCAUAGGGUACACCGCCUAUGCACAUGAGCUUGUCAAUCGACCCGACUCACCUUUCGAGGGCGGCGUGAAAGACUUUGGUACAAGUUUUGCAGCUUUUGCAGUUGGUGUCGCCGUCAACCUCUCAUGUGUCAUUGCUUGUUUCAUCGAUAGAUACGACGCCAGUGGGGCUGGGAUUGCUGGCUUUUUGGACUUGAUACCCGGCAUUCUUGGUAUCGUUGCCUUCUUCAGUGUCGCAUUAGCAGGAUAUGGUUACGGAGGAAGUGAUUAUUACGACAGAGUGGGCUACAAGGCGGAGAGAACGGCUGUUGCGCAGCUGUCUCUGGCUGUUGGCAUUCUGCACAUUCUGUCUUGCUUUGGGGCCUGUGUUGGGUGCUGCAUUGUUUGUACUCGGCCAAAAAGCACAACAGUAAAGUCUCGCCCUCAAGGUGACAAGGAAGUUUCAUCAAAGGGAGGGGAGCCCAAGAUUGCAGCUGCUGGUGUUUGAUCAUGAGCCAGAUGAUGCUCUUGACUAGCAGUUAUACAUGAUAUAAGCACAAAUAUAGCACAAAAGUUUGGAUGUGAGGGGAGGUUCAACAUUUCUUGAUUUACAUAAUAGUUUUUGACUUACCUAGGUACCUACAUACCAUCUCAACACAGAUGUGUGCCCACUA